AUGGCCAUUGCAAUUGCAGGUUUAGGACCGGUUGGAAAGACCAUCCUUGAAACGUUGCUGGAAACCCCCAAAUUCCAGAAACAGAUUGUCGUUCUGACGCGUGAAUCCAAAUCCACUCCAUUGUUAGACCAAGUCAAACAAGUGCAGAUAGAUUACAACAAUGUUUCUUCCAUAGCCGCCGAGCUCGAGAAACAUGAUGUGGACACAGUCAUCUGCACUAUUGGCCUGAUCUCUCCAGAGGCAGGCCAGGCGCAGGUGAACCUCAUCCAAGCCGCAGACAAGUCCGCUACCACCAAACGAUUCAUUCCCAGCGAAUACUCAUUCGUUCAAUCCGAAGAUAUCCUCCACAUCUCCCCCGGAGUUCAACUCUUUAUUGACGGAACCAACGCCCUUAAGAAAUCUCAGUUGCAAUAUACUCGGGUCUAUCCUGGCUACUUCAUGGACUACUGGGGAAUGCCAAAUGCCCGUACCCACCUCAAACCGCUCGCCUAUGCGGUUGACAUCCCCAACCGUCGAGCCCUCAUCCCAGGUGAUGGAAACAAUGUCAUCACCAUGACAUACUCAUAUGACAUGGCCAAGUUCAUUGUAAAGUUGCUCGACCGAGCGGAAUGGCCUGAGUCAAGCUAUGUAGGAGGAGACGACCUUACAUUCAACCAGUUGCUGAGCUUAGCGGAGGAGAUUGUUGGCACCAAGUUCGAAGUCUCUUAUGAUCCCCUAGAGAAGAUCAAGAAGAAUGAAGCCACUCCCCUCCCACAAUCGGAAGGAGUGGGCUAUGGCCCUGAAAUCACUCAGUGGGUUGUUUCUUAUAUGAGCCAAGUUGCUGUCAUCGACGGAUUCAAAAUGCCCAAGGAGAAUCGCCUCAACAAUAUGUUCCCCGAAAUUCAGCCAGUCUCGAUGAAGGAGUUCUUGACCAAAGCCUGGAAGCCUUGA